AUGAGCAUAUGGUCUAAAGGGUUAAAUGGUAAACAUGUAAUAAAAUACAAUAAUGGAAAUUACUAUGAUGGAUAUUUUGUUAAUGGAAAUUAGCAUGGAGAGGGUUAAAUGAUAUAUACUGACGAGGCUGAAUAUUAUGGAAGUUGGAUAAAUGAUAAAAGAUAAGGUUUAGGUAAUUAUAAAUGGGCCAAUGGAGAUGAAUAUUAUGGAGAUUGGAAAAAUAAUAAUCGAGAAGGAAAGGGUUAGAUGAAAUAUGCCAAUGGUGAUUUGUAUUAUGGAGAAUGGAAGAAUGAUAAAAGAGAAGGAGCUGGUAUAAUGAAAUGUGCCAAUGGUGAGUUGUAUUAUGGAGAUUGGCAAAAUGAUAAAAGAGAAGGAAAUGGUAUAAUGAAAUACUGGUUUGGAGAUUACUUUUAUAAUGGUGAUUUUGUAAAUGAUGAAAAACAUGGAAAAGGUAGAGAGAUAUUGGAUGAUGAAGGUUAUUAUGAGGGAGAUUUUGUAAAUGAUGAAUGGCACGGAAAGGGGAAAUUUACAUGGGCUAAUGGAGAUUAUUAUUAUGGAGAUUGGAAAAAUAAUAUUAGAACAGGAUAGGGUAGAUUUAAAGAAUCAAAUGGAAAUGAAUAUGAUGGAGAUUUUGUAAAUGGUGAAUAACAUGGAAAGGGUAAAUAUACAUGGGCUAAUGGAAAUUAUUAUUAUGGAGUUUGGAAAAAUAAUAUUAGAACAGGAUAGGGUAGAUUUCAAUCGAAGAAUGGAUAUAUAUUUGAUUAAUGUCCAUUAGAUGGUUGCUUUUCACUUGAAGAUUUCAAUAUCUCCUUAACUGAAACAUCCUUCCAAUAGCAGAAAAAACUUGUGCGGGAUUGGAUGGAUAAUAUUAAGGAUACAUAAAAAUUUAAAUCAUUAAUUCCUUUUUUUUUUAACAUUAUUAAGAGGGGGGAAUCAUCCAUACAGUUAUUAUCAAUAAUCAAAUAAUUCAACAACUAAAAUAGAGAAUCUAUAAACAUUAUCAGCAAUAGGAAAGCCUUGUUUUAAUUAUUUUAUAACAAUUCUAAUGAUGAACUUCAGGUUAUGUUACUGAAACACUAUUAAAUUAUGUAUCCUGUCCCUUUAAUUUUUCAAAAUCCAUCUUUAUAAACUGCUAAAGAAGAAAUUGAUUUAUAUGGAUUUAAUGAGAAACUGUAUUAUGUAUUUUAAACAUCUUUUCCUAUCAUUAAUUUUUCCUUAAGCUAAAAGUAAGCUUAAAUAGGGAAGACAGAGUUAAUAAAUUAAUUGUUUUACUAAUAGGAUAAAUUUGAGACAUAGGAUACUUGCCAAUUAAAUAACAAUACUAUUGAUAUAAUGUUUGAUACAUAAUUUAAUGGAUCAAGAAAUUUUAGUGUUGCUGAUGCUCAUGGCUAAUUUCCAAUAGAAUUAUUAGUUAAAAUUUUGCCAUUAUUCCGAAUGUGGAUUCUACAAUUUGAUUCAGAAUAUGAACUUAUUGAAAAUUAUAGAAAGUUAUAGGAAAUCAAGAAAAGCCUGCCUAAACAAAAUUCUACAAUAUGUUUUAUUAUAAGAAAUUACAAAGGAGAGUUAGAAGAGAAUAUUAUUAAUGAAGAAUUAAAGAAAAAUUUAGAGCAGUUGAAAAAAGAUGGAAUAAAAGUACAUAAAAUAAUUGAUUUGGCUUAGAAAGGUUUGGAUAAAUCUUUAAAAGAGUAAGAAUUGUAACUUGCCUAAUCUUUUAUUUUCAAUGAGAUCACUAAAGUAAAUUAACAAUAAUCAUUAGUCACUAAUUAAGAUUUUUUAGGAAUAAUAUAAAAAUUUGAUUCAAAAGAAAAAAAUAUCUCUCAUUAAUUUUUAUAAGACAGGGUUAUCAUUAAAGAUUUAGAAAAUGAACUAAAUAGAUUGGUUUAAACACCUUUGGGAUUUUAUGAUUAAGAAGCUUUUCCAAUCAGAUCCAUAGAAUACCAAUUAAAGAUUUUAAAAGAAAAAGAAAUCUAAUUGAUUCAAUAAAAAAAUAAUACAAGUUAAAUUUAAACAAACAACUAAAAGGAGUUUGACAAAAAUCAAGAUAACAAAGAAUAUGAAGAAACAAAGUAAUAAAUAAUCAAAUUAGAAGAUUCAAUUAAGAACGCUGAAUUAUCAAACCUUUUAAAUAUGUUUUGUAAAAUAUUUGACUAAAGCUCAUACUAUAUUUUAUAUUUAUAAUUUACAGAUUAAGUUAGAAAAUUUAAUGAACGUAACACUUAUGAAUUGUAGGAAAAAAAUCAAAUUAUUAAUGAAAAAUUGAUGAAACUUAAAAAAGACAGGGAUUAAAUAAAGCUUAAAAAGAAUGAAACUAAUAAAGAAGCUUCAUCAAUAAUAAAUUAUGAUGGAAAAAAUAAAAUAUAUAAAAAAUAACAAGAUGAACUAAAGCAGGAACUAAAAUAAAAUUUGGAAAAUAUAGCAUUCAGAAAUAUUGGGAUAGAAAUGUUUUGGAGGGAGCUGAUUGCAAUUAAUUAAAGAAGUUUGGCUAAUAAAUAAAUUGAUCCAGCAGAUAAAGUAUAUGAAAUGAUUAAAAAAGGGGAACCUUUUGAAUUUCUAGACGGAGAUUCUCUUUAGAUAAAUGCAAAAUUUUUGGAUGAACUUAAAAAUAAAUUCACAAAUUCGGGAAAAGAGAAGGUUUUAGUAUUAAGUGUUUUAGGACCUUAAAGUUCAGGAAAAUCUACUAUUUUAAAUAAAAUAUUUGGAUGCCAUUUUUGGACAAGUGUUGGUAGAUGUACAAAAGGUAUUUAUUUAAAUUUGUUGAAAAUCUAAUUUAAAGAAUACUUUAAUAAUUUAUUUGAUUAUAUAUUAAUACUUGAUUCAGAAGGAUUAUAGAAUCCAAAUCAGAUUGAUCCUGAGUUUGAUAAAAAAAUUGCUCUUUUUGUCUUGGCAAUAAGUGAUAUCAUUUUGAUAAAUGUUAAAGGAGAUAUAAAUCAACAAUUUAAAAAUUUAGUUGAAAUGAGCAUUUUUAAUUUAGUAUCUAUGAAAUCUAAUCUCUCUUUUAUAAAGUAAUUAAGUUGGUGUUUUAAUUAAAAUAACGAUGCUAACAACUUUGCUCCAUUUUUAAACUAAAUAUAAGGAAUUGCCAAUAGUUUAAAUUAAGAAUAUCAUAAUGAGUAAGAUGCAACAAUUUAAGCGAUUGAUUAUAAUGGAUUUUUGAAUAUUUCCAAAGAAAAUAUUUAAAUAUUAGGAUUUGCAAAUAUUGAGAAAUUAUGGAGAAAGAAUGAAAGUUUAGGUAUUAUUAACGAUUGGAGAUAAUUAAUAAUAAAUGAAAAAUUUUCUGAAGAAGCUUAUCUUUUUGGGAUAAGAAUAAUAGAGAAUUUUGUGAAAAAGUUUCAAUCCUAAACUGACAUCUCCCAAAUGUAAAGUUUAAGUUUGUUCAUAUAAAAUGUAAAUUCAAAUUGGUAAACUAUUUGUAAUUAAUAAGAUUUAUUGGAAUUUGAUGAAUUAAUCUAAUACAAGCAAGAUUAAUUGAUGAAAAAUAAAUUUGAAAAAAUUUAUGACAAAUACGAUUUUAGUUUUAAGUAUGUAAUAGCAAAUGAAAUAAUUGAUAGAAUUAGCAGUAGCCCUGUAAAAAAUUCGACCUUUAUUAAUUCAAUUUUAGUUGAUACUAAUGAAGAUCUUAGAAUAAGGUUUAACCAAAUUGAACAAGAUAUAUAAGAUAAACUCCUAGCUUUUAAGUAAGAUCAAAAUAUUUAGAAGAAAAUUUACUUGAAAUAUUUAAAGCAAUUAAGCCAACGUAUUAAUAGUUCAUUAAAAGAUUCAGAAGUUAUCAUUGUUGAAGAAAUAAAAAAAAAAUAUAGAUAUUGUUAACCCAACUCUUGAGUUGAUUUAUAUCAUUUAAUUUUAUUAUAAUUAUUAAAAAUAUAGAAAGAGAGUAUCAAAACAAAAGAGGAGUAAAGAUCUAUAUUAAUUAGCUUAAUUCAAAUAAAUGAUGGUUAACUAACUGCAGCAUUUGAUAAAUUAUGAGAGGAGAUUAUAAGCGAAUUAGAGCAAAAAUAAAGUGAAAUAUCAAGUAAUAUUACUGAAUAUCUUCUUCAUUCAAUGA